AUGAACAACACAGUGCAUCCGAGGGGUUCUUACCAUCAAUACCACUUUUUACUUUUCACCACAAACGCCACACAACUCGUUUGUUCUCCGAUUGAUCCAGACUACUGUGAUGAUAUAAUUGCAUCAUGUGAUGGUCUCAUUUGUUUAGCCAAUAAUUAUCAUGUUGUUCUCUGGAACCCUUCCAUUAGAAAACUAAAGAAACUACCCUCUUUAGAAAUUCCACAAGAUCAUGGAACACUAACAUAUGCAUUUGGUUACGACCCUUUCGUUAAUAAUUACAAGGCUGUUUCUGUGUUUUGCUAUGAUUUUGAAUACAUCUGCUGCCAACUACUAGGACAUAUUGAUUUGUUUAGCUCUGAUAUUGCUGAGAUUAUAUACCAUGUGGCCUUUCCUUCAUUCACACCAUUGCCGGAUUAUCCAUUCAAGCCACCAAAGGUUGCAUUUAGGACUAAGGUAUUCCACCCAAACAUCAACAGCAAUGGAAGCAUCUGUCUUGACAUUCUAAAAGAACAAUGGAGCCCAGCAUUGACCAUUUCUAAGGUCCUUUUGUCAAUUUGCUCGUUGCUGACGGAUCCAAAUCCCGACGACCCUAAACCCUAA